AGAACGCUGGCGAGCUGAUCAAGGCGGACGGGUUCCAGAUCGACGUCGCGUACACGUCGUUCCUGAAGCGUGCGAUCAAGACUUGUAACCUGGCGCUCGAGGCAGCGGACCAGCUGUAUGUGCCCGUGGCCAAGACGUGGAGGCUCAACGAGCGCAUGUACGGCGGCCUGACUGGCCUCGACAAGAAGGAGACGGUGGUGAAGCACGGCGCCGAGCAGGUGCUGACCUGGCGCCGCAGCUUCGACAUCCCGCCGCCGCCCAUUGACGCGGACAGCGAGUUCAACCCUGCGAAGGAGGCCAAGUACAAGGAUCUCGACAAGGCCGACAUCCCCGUAACAGAGUGCCUCAAGGACACGAUCACGCGCGUGAUGCCGUACUGGGAGUCGGAGAUCCAGCCCCAGCUGAAAGCAGGCUCGCCCCCCCUCCUCCU